AUGUUUGUUCGUGCCAGUUCAGUAGAUGAAGGGCUAUAUCGGAAAGUACUUCUGAGAGUCAGUGAGCUAGAUUCACCUGUAGUUCAACCAAUGGUCCAGGCAAAAAGAAGAAAGCUUGAACAAGAAAUGUCUACUCCAGCGCGGGAAACUGAGCAUAUUCCUCGCUCACUUGAGAGCAGCUUUGCGAAUGCCGCAAAUCCCGAGAGAUCCCCACUCGACUACGUAAAAGCAGAAUUGGUCGAAAACGUGCAGUUAAAAAAAGUUUUAUUAUCGAGUGCGAAAGAGGAGUUGGUCAAGGCAACCGCCCAAAAUGAAGCGCUCACUCCUCUCUCAGCCAUACGAUCAAGGAUCUGUGGAAAUUGU